GACAUAGGAAAAUAAAUUGGCGAGCAUGUUUUAAUUAUUGGAUCACGUGUGUGGGGGGAGAGAGCUAGGGCAGGGCAAGUGCACUUUUGUGAGCGCCUCAUCUCUACAGAUACGUCGUGUUUCGUCGGGUUUUGCGACCAGUUUCUGGAGGGAAGGCUGGCCAUUAUGAGAGAAGGCGGGCGAAUGGGUGGUGGUGAUGAUGGAGAGGCAUAAAUUGGCCAGGAGGCCGCCCGCAAGGGAGCAGCCCGGGUGGCGGUCCCAAGGCAGAGGCGCUGCCCUGAGGAGCGAAAGAGCAUGCAGGCAGCGGCGUGGGUGCUUCUGCUGGGCUCGGUGCUGACCCAGUGCGGUUCUGAGGGAAAAGGCCAGCCGUUCAUAACGUGUGGUGUAGAAAAUGGGCCUUCUCCUGAGUUGAUGAUGCACCACAGGUUCACGCCAUCAGAUCUUUUUGAUCUUAGUGCUGAGAUUGUUGAUUGCCAGUUUAAUAUAACCUGGAUCCUUACAGAAGAUGCCAGCAUCAGAUACCUGAAUGGCACUAAGAUAUGUGUGUCCAGGGCAGCUGGAAACCGAGCCUGCAUUAGAUGUGAUUACACAGAAAAGUUUGAAAGCCAGAACAACUUCAAUGGCCAGAAGUGGCAGUUCCACUAUGUUGGGUUCUCUGUAGAAGAAAAUACAGAGUACUUCAUUGAGGCGUCUAACAUACCACCAGCAAAUCCAUUUGAAGAUAUCCCUCAAAAAAUAAUAAAGCUUACUUCUCCAGACUGUCAAGAUAAUACAUUGAAAUAUUGCAAAACUUGCAUAGAAAUGGGAAGCUUGUGGGACCCAAAUAUAUUUGUGUGCUACACAGAUUCAGAAGUGGAAGUGAAUUUUACAACUAGUAGCUUUUGCUCAGAAUAUGCAGUUGUCCUUUGUGAAUCUGACGAAUGCAGGGAUUACACUGAACAUACUGUGUUUACCACAAAGAGAAAUGACACUAGAGUUGCUGAGAGAAUACCAGUGAAUGGUCAAAACAGCAGAAAGUUUAUAGAGUUAAUUCCUUCUUUUCCCAAAUGCCAAAGUGAUUGCCGAAGAUACUCAGAUUAUCAAGUAAUGUGUAGAGAAGCAUCAAGCAACGGGACAGGUAGAGCAAAUUGGGAUGCAAAUUUGAAUGCAAUAUAUGUUUGCACAGUGGCUGCUUUACUUUCGAUAGUAUGCACGCUUGCUGCUAUACUAUAUUUCAAGAGGAGGCAUGGUACAACCAAGAACUGGGAUCUCUUGUAUCCUAACAUGAAACAAACACCCACUACAGUCCUUGUUGUAUAUUCCCAGGAAGUGUGUUUCCAGCAUACUGUCCUUGGUUUUGCAGAAUUUCUACAUGAACGCUGCAAAAGUGAUGUUAUCAUAGAUGCAUGGCAAAAACGGAGAAUUGCUGAAAUAGGACCUGUACAGUGGUUUGCUACUCAGAGAGAAAUUGCUGAUAAAAUAAUUUUUCUUAGCCCAGGCCCCGGUAGUGCUGCUUGUGAUUCAACUUGUAAAAGAACUAUAGAGUGUCAUAUGAAGGACUCUGAAUGUAUGUUCAUGAUUGCAUUUAACCUCUUCUGCAGUGAUCUGAAAAAUCAAUCUUCUCUCCACAAGUAUAUGGUUGUUUCUUUCAAUGAAACAAAUCUUGCUAAGAGUUUACCAAGUCCUUUGAACUGCUGCCCAAAGUAUUUUCUAAUGAAGGAUAUCGACUCCUUCUGUAGAGACCUCUACUUCUCACAGAAUCUGAGGCGUGGCGAAGGAACAAACUCAAAGUGCAACUGGAGAUUUAAGAUGAAUUUUAAAUUAUGAUAAUAGGGCUAAAGCAUGAGACAAUAAAAUAUAUAUACCAGGCCUCAUAUCCUGGCUCUGAAGGUGGUUUCCUUUUCUUGUUCCCCUCUACUCCUAAAAAUGAAUAUUGGGGUGUUAACCCAGGUUCUUCUGGCAACGCAAUGCCCAAAUGGUAGAACUCUACCAUAUAUGUAUUGUAUAUAUAAAAUGUGGAAGAGUUCUUCCAUUACAUUAGGUCCCAGAAGAACCUGAAACACACACAUAUCCUGCGGAACUGGGAGAGUGUAUGUAUAGAUCUCUCGCUCGCUCGCUCUGUGUGUGUGUGUCCAUCUACACACAUACACUGCCCCAGUUCCCACUGUGUGUUUCAGAUUCUUCUGGGACCUCAGUGUCCAAAUGGACACUUAUCCAGGGUCCUCUAUGGCACUGUUUGUCCUUACAGUAACUAAGAACCUUUUCCCACGCUGUUAGUAAGGCAUUUCUGUUUGGCAGUGGCCAAGACAAGGGCACAAAACUGGGCACAAAAAUGUGCACCUAAACUAGAGAAUUCCUAAAUUGGGAGGUUGCUUUUCCUCCUUACCCCAUUUUGUGCUUCCAGGCCAAGACUUUUUAUUCAGCUAAGUAUUUUAACCUGUUCUACUUCAGUUUUUAGUGCCUGCUUUCAGAGUUGGUGUUUAUCUCAUUUUUUAACUGUAUUUCCUAUAAUCUCUAUUAUUGGAUUUUGGCUGUAAAAAGUGUUAUAUGCCAUCCAUUGUGCCACAGACACACUAUAUGAGAACUAUAGAAUCAAAGAUAAAUAAUUAAAUACAGCCACUAACUUCUUAAAGCAAACCAGGCUAAUGUGUUCACAACCUGCAUUCUUUCCGUUACUACACUUAUGGUGUUGCAUUUUUUUCCACAUGAACAUAACUGUGGCUUAUGUGAACAGCAGCCAGGCUUUGAAAAUUGGUCCUCUCUGGAUGUAAAGAUGUGAAACCAGUUUUUAAACUUAACUUUGUUUCAGCAAAACAAUAAAGUGUCUUGUAGCAACUUAAA